CGACAACUGUGUUUUUUAUGUACCUAUGUUGUGUCUGCUGAAAAUACAUGAUUGGUUUUCUUGUUUAUUAUAUCGUAUUCGAUAGUGCGCAUUCGAUUGAUCGGAACUGAAAUAAUUACUAUUAUACUUGCCAAAAGAAAGAUUAACUGGUAAUAACGCAAAGCAUCGUGUUAUUAUUUGUGUAGCGCCCUUUUUGUGGAAUUAUAUAAAUACAAAGUGAAAAGUAACAGCCUGUGGAUGCGCUUAUACGAGGAUCAGCAGCAGCAGGCACAUAAGGUCAGCACACUUGAUUCAUACGAAAAUAUGAGUGACGAUGACAGGGAUAUUGAUAUUGAUAGCGACGAAGGAGAAGAUUCAGAUAACACCAAAUCCCAGCCGCGUAAUUCUGGUGGAAGUCAGUUUUAUUCACAGGCUGAAAAACGCGCUCACCACAAUGCAUUAGAACGAAAAAGACGUGAUCAUAUAAAGGAUAGUUUUACUUCACUUCGUGACUCAGUUCCAUCGUUACAGGGUGAAAAGGCUAGUCGUGCACAAAUUUUGAAGAAAGCUGCAGAAUAUAUCCAAUUUAUGAGACGCAAAAAUAAUUCACAUCAACAGGACAUAGAUGAUCUGAAGAGGCAAAACAAUCUGCUAGAGACGCAAAUACGUCAGUUAGAACAGGCCCGUGCAACUGGAAAUUUUGGCGAUGGCAGUGAUCUCGGUUUGGGCAUGAAUGACAGUUCGCGGGAGUCCGAUAGUUCCGAUGUCGACGAUGAAGCGAGCAACAAUGGGGUUGGGAAUAUUCAUCGGAACAAAAAAAUGAAAACCAACUCCAGUUAUUGAACGAAUGUUUUCGAAAGCGUUAUCAUGAUUAAACCUACAAUGAGGAAUGUUCGGAUAGUGUAUACACGAUUGAAUAAACAAUCUACAGGCUAGUUGUUUGGAAAGAAGAUUGUUUCUACAAACAGAUACCACAUUUUUGUUGCCAAUGCCUGUCAUGUAAAUGAAGAAUCUAGUGUUAUGAAUUUAUUCGAGAUAAUGAUUGUGUACAAAGUAGUUUUUUCUCUACCAUUUGAUUUGUUUUCGAGUUUUUGUUCUCAUUGUGUUUUCACAUUGUCACCUGAAACGGGAGCAUUCAAUGAUAUCUAGACAGUAGAAGGAAACAGGUGAGAAAAUGUUAGAAAUAUAGAUUUACAUUUUUAUACCUUUGAUGAAUCAUAUCUACUCUCUUUUGGUUUGCAUUUGAAUAGAAGGGAAAGAACAAUCAUGAUUAUGUAAUUAUGUUACAUUAUUUUCAAUUUCUCUUGCACCGCCUUAAACAGCUCGAUAGUAUUAUAGCUCACAAUAGCAUUUCUAUGGCAUAACAGGCAAAUCUGCUGAGGAAAGCCGUCAUUCGGUUUUAUCUGGAAUUUUAGAUGAAGCUUCUCUUAAUGAGGUCGGGCAUUUAUGGUAUUAUGGAGAAUGGAGAAUUUUUAUAUAAUCAUUUAUGUACAUAUACAGGUUUUCUAUCGAUUUUAACCAAAUGAAAUGAUAACGUAAACGGAGAAUGAGAACAGUCUAUAAUAUUUAGUCUGAAAAUGAAUAAAUAUUAAGUUAUUGCACCAUCAUACGAUGA